GAGGGAAAGAUGAAACACUAGAUCAAUCAGCCAAAUGUGAAGCUUGUUUCAUGGCUGCUUCUUUCAGCCCUUCAUCAUCCCCCCUCAACUCACAGCUCUUGUUAAAGAGAACACCUGCUCGUAUGCCGGCCACUGUCAUCUUGCUUCAGAUGUGCCACAACUUCCAAGAAGUCAGACAAAUACAUGCCCAAUUCAUCGUCUCAGGUCUCCUUGCCCGCCCUCCUAAUGCCGGGAGGCUCCUGGACUCCUACGUUUCAAUGUCCCAAAUCUACUAUGCCUUGCUGGUAUUCAACAGGAUCCCUUCCCCUGAUGUUUUUGCUUACAAUGCCAUGAUCAGAGGCCUAACGUUGGGUAACUGCCCCUAUGAUUCCCUCCUGCUGUAUAAUAAGUUGUUGUUAGGCGGCCUAACCCCAGACAACUACACUUACACCUUUGUCCUCAAAGUCUGUUCUCAUUUGAAAGCCAUCUUUGAGGGUAAACAAGUGCAUUGCCAGGUAAUUAAGGCUGGGGUAGCUCCGGAUACUCACAUUCAUACCUCAUUAAUACAUAUGUAUGCGAAGUCCGAUAGUCUGGCUUGUGCAGAAGGCGUUCUCGCAGAAUGCUCUCAAGAGAAUGUGCUUGCAAUUAACUCAAUGAUUUCAGGGUACAUGAGUCAAGGUCAUGUAGAAAAAGCUAGAGCAAUGUUUGAUAAGAUGGGGGCGAAAGAUGCUGCAACUUGGAGUGGGAUGAUCACAGGGUACACAAAGAACGGUAUGCAUGAAGAGGCAUUGGUUAUGUUUCGAGAAAUGAUGAUGGUUUCGAAUUCUGGAGUUCAACCAAAUGAAUCAGCACUUGUGAGCUCACUCUCUGCAACUGCCUGUUUAGGCGCAUUGGAUCAGGGAAGAUGGAUACAUGCAUAUAUUCGUAGAAUUGGGGCUAAGAUCAGCAUCACUCUGGGUACAGGUCUUGUUGACAUGUAUGCCAAGUGUGGCAGCAUCCAUUGUAGCUACAAACUCUUCAGAGAAAUGCAGCAAAGAGACGUGGUUACAUGGGGUGUGAUGAUGUCUGGUUUUGCCAUGCAUGGGCAAGCCAGAAAAUGUUUCCAACUGUUUGAUGAGAUGGUCGCAGGUGGAACUCGUCCCAAUGAGGUCAUUUUUGUGGCCAUUUUAUCUGCUUGCUCCCAUGCUGGAUACCUUGAAUUGGGACAUCAUUAUUUCAAUCAAAUGGUAACUGAUUUUGGGAUUAGACCAUCGGUUGAGCAUUACGGAUGCAUGGUGGACCUCCUUGGCCGUGCCGGUCAGCUGGCAGAGGCAGAGGAGCUCAUCAUAUCCAUGCCAGAAGAGCCCACAGCAGUCAUAUGGGGUGCAUUACUUAGUGCUUGCAGAAUCCAUAAGGACUUGAGGAGAGGCAGACGUGCAUUCAGGCAGCUAAUGCAGCUAGAGCCAUUGCGUGGCGACCGGUAUAAGCUUGCAGGGCAAAUGUUUUCUAGUGCAGGAGAAAAAGAAGAGGCAGAUAACGUAACAAGAUUCAUCAAGGAAAAUGAAUUGGAGACGACUCGUGGGUCAAGCUUCAUUGAAAUAAAUGGUGUGGUUCAUGAAUUUGUGGUAGGGGAUGCUGAUCAUCAUAAGGCUAGAGAGAUGUAUAGAAUGUGGGAGGGAAUCAAUUAAAUUUACCACUGAUGAAGUCAGAUUAGAGGUAUUAAGGCGACAUGUUGGGGAAAACAAAACACAAAGGGUAUUGGAGAAACAGACGUAGGCAAUAUCCAAAGAACAACACAUCCAUCUUGAGUUGAGAACAGGUCUGAUGUUACAUGGACAAGGAUCUGGUCAAGAAAAAGUAAGAGAAGCAUGCUUUAAAGUUAAAGAGAACAAAA